AUGAUGGGAGACCACGGAGGUUGUGCCACAAAACUAGCAGUAGCUAUGAGUUCUGCUGCCAAUCCAAACUCUUCUACUAGUAUUUUGACAGUAGCUCUAUUUGACAGCAAGGAAACACCAGAAGCAAUCCGUCAAUGUUUUGGAAAGUUGUUUGAAGAAUAUGACGCUCUAGAUGGGCUUGAACUCGAGAUAGAAGGGGUCAGUUACAUCUUCGAAACUUCGUACACAGGGGAUCUAAAGUACCUUCGAAUUUGCCUGGGGCUUUCGCUUGGAAAUCCAACAUAUUAUUGCGUAAUAUGCGAUGCCGAAAAGCCUGCCAGCAUCAGCAGUAUGCCUAUUGACCCAAGUAAGCAUACUAACAGAAAUUAUGGUGCUACAUCAGUACUACAACAUGAAUAUGCACCCCUGAUCCACGCAACAAGCUCUCAGAUUCGUCUUCCAGUUCUCCACUUGACCACAGGCAUAAUCGAAAAAAUUUUGAAGUAUCUUGUAACGACGAUUGAUGACUACGAAAGUUCCAUACUUGUCCAAAAUAAGAAUUCACGUAAAAAUCUCAAAGAAAACAUUUCUGAAAGUCAAGCAGACACACUGAAAAAACUGUGGGAUAAAGAAAUGACGUUUUUUCACAAAGCAGAAGGCUGGAAGUACAUACUGUCAGCCUUAGAGCUAUACUUAAAUUCAGAAGUUAAAAGAAGGCCUACAGAAGUACCACCGCAAAACGAGCUUGAAUAUUGUCAAUCAGACUUGUGUAUCGUCAAAACAUUUGGUAUUCCAUUACCAGAACCAACGAUAAUGCCAGCACAUAUACAGUUUGAUGAUAGCCCAUGUUGGUACCACACUACUUGCAUGGGUCUGAGCCUAUACCAAUUUGAAAAAGCAUUAAAAGACCCCAAUUCGAAGACUCCUACAGUCACCUACAGUAGACAGAUUGAGAAUGUAAAAAGAGAGUAUUAUGCUUGCAUAGAACGACUUCAAAAGUUAAAAGAGAAGAGAGCCAAAUUAGAAGAAAAAUAUCGACCUAAAGAGCUAAGUGCAACAUUCUACAGCUGUUUAGAAAAGCUCGGAGCUUCACGAAAAGCGUGGUACGAAAAUUUGACGGGUAUCCAUGCCCGCAAAAUAGUUACUCAAAUCCCAAAGCUAAUCGAGAUGCUAAAGCAAAACAACAUUUUCAAUAUUACAGGCAUCCCUAACAUUAUCGACCUUCUAUCUUCGUUUGGCAAGAUACAAUCAUUCACAUGUUCUAGAAAGUUAACUGACAGUGAAUGUGAAGAAGUAGUUUCGCUGAUUUAUGAGUUUGCCGAGAAAAUAAAGACUGUCAUGCCUCUAGAAAAUACAGGCCAGAAAUUACAUAUGAUGUUAGUGCAUGGUAUUCAACAGAUUAGAAAAAAAAAAGACCUUGGAUUGCUGUGUGAACAAGGUAUUGAAUCAAGUCACAAAGAAUUCAACAAAUUGUCGCAAAGGAUCUUUACAAGAGACCCGUUGAAAAGACUAGAAUGGAUGUUGAAAGAAUCGGCCAGAAAGACGCUUAUCAAUGACAAGACUGGACUGAAGUUUGAUGAUGAUAAUGAAGAAGACAUUAAUGAUAUUAAUUAA